CCACACCUAUCAUCACCUUCCAAUCCGCAGCUGCCGCCUCUCAUCCGUCGCCGCAUAGAAAACACAUGGAACAUUUCCUUUGCCCUCAACGGAGAGUAUUCGAAUGGCUUGCUGACCUGCCUUGCACCUCACCAUUGCCAGCCAGCCCCACGCCUCGCAAUUUCCAUCGACGAAGCAAAGGUCAUGACCAAGGGCCGCGCCCGGCCAAGAGACGCCGCCUCCUUACUCCACCACAAUCAACCAUAAUGACGUCGCUCUACGACAAGAGGUCACUCGACGAUAGCGGUUCCUCGCUCAGCCUCACCUCUUCGUCCCACCAUGAUCCCGACCAAACGCCUACGAAGCGCCCGCGAACGAUACCGAUCCUUGGCCCCUUUGGCAAACCCCCCUCCUCCACUCAUCGCAGCGGCUCCCUCUCGCCCAAGAAACAGGCCCGCAACACUACAAAGACCACCAUUCGCUGUCAACAAUACGAUGCCACUCAAGGCAUCCCGCUGACUCUCCAGACGUUCUGGAGACAGAUGAACGCAUAUAGCAAGGGGAUAUGCGUGGUCGGUGCCGCUGAAAAGGCUGCCGUUCAAUCCGCCUUUGAGAGAAUACCAAGAUUUCAACAAGAAGCCAUUGACGACUACGUUUUCGAGCCGUCGUCAGCAGCAGAUGCCCCCCAGCCACGGACAAAACUUGGGCCGACCCCCAAAGUCGAGGACGUCCUGAAUAUCCUUGCAAAUAGCAAAGCCUGCAACGACAUGGUCCUGGACGAGCCGGGUUGGAAUCAGGCCGUACACGGGCCAGUCCUCUCGUUAGCGUUCCCGCCCAUCUGGCGAUCUCGACCGAUCGACCUCACGGCUUACAUGCCUUGCACCACGGCAUCCCUGAUAUCUUCAUACGCCGAGUCUCGUGGGCGCAAAGUCGACUACUGCGUGUGCAUUCAGCCUGACGCCCUCUCCGCCGCAGCCAUCCGCGCCAUACGCGACCAGGAUGUCUGGACUAACAUUUCCAUCAAUCAUACCGACUUCAACGCGCUCCAGGAACUACCCAUCGCACUCAGCAUCGAGACUAAGAUUCAGAGCGGGGACGAAGCCGACGCCCACGCCCAGCUCGCCGUUUGGCAAGCUGCCCAAUGGCGUCUCCUAGAGCGCCUUGUCGGUCGUGAUGAGCCCAGCACGCCGCUGGUGGACUUUCUUCCGGGCAUCGUCGUUCUAGGCCACUCCUGGUACUUCGUGGCAAGUACAAAGCGGGGAGACAGCAUUACGCUUUGGACAAACCAACUCAUCGGUUCGACAGAUCAAGUCAUGGGUGUUUAUCAAAUUGCGUGCGCGUUGCAGUAUAUCGCACGAUGGAUCGAGGACACGUACUGGCCCUGGUACAAGCGAGCCGUGCUCAGGCUUUCGGCAGAGGACGUGCAAGAGGAACGCAGCAAUACAUGAGCGAGGUGGUGGCGGGGAGGAAUGGGACACAACAGACAAAGGGAGGGAGACGCGCGACGGCAAACUCGACAACAUUGUAGUGACCAUCAUCUAGACGUCAUAGGAAGCCGUACCCAUUCGAUAUCUGACCGGUGCCGCGCAGCUGAACCGAGCAGAAGUGCCCUCGAGAUGGCCGCAAAGGGGUAUAUCUGCAGAGCCGGGGUGUUGCAGAAUGAAUAGCUCCACUAGCAUAAUAAAAGAUAGCUAAUGUUCUCUGGAA